AUUAGGCAUCCAUUUGUCCUUCUGUUAGGCUUGAAGCAGCAGCUGCUCAAACCUUCUUCUUCAAUCUUCAACUUCUUCUUUGACCAUGGUGGGCCUUCCUAUAACCUCUCCCGAACCCAUUUACAAUCCUACUCUCAAGUUCCUCUGCAGCUACGGUGGAAAGAUUUUCCCCCGUUUUCCCGACGCCAAGCUCCGUUACCAUGGUGGCGUAACCCGUCUUAUCGCCGUCGAUCGCUCCGUCACUUUUUCCGAGUUACUGAUCAAGAUGGGGGAACUCUGCGGGACGUCGGUGAGACUCAAAUGUCAGCUUCCAAAGGAAGACUUGGACGCCUUAGUCUCCAUUACUUCCGAUGAAGAUCUCGCCAAUAUCAUCGAGGAAUACGAUCGGAUCAACUUGCCCAAGAUCCGAGCUUUCAUUUGGCCCAUUAACUCCACAAAAGGAAUCUCAAACUCUCCAUCCGUUGCCAUCAGCUCCGCAUCCACAAUCAUCUCCCCUGUUGCUUCAUAUUCACUUUCCCGAUGUACUCCAACCCCGCGAUUGAUGAUAGCAGCCGCCGCUGCAAAUAGGUGAAAAAAACUAAUCCUAGUACCCACCCGAGAUUGGUAGAACAAAUUUGGCUGCUGGAGAUUGAAUUAAUGCCUUUAACCUGAUUGAGUUGAGUCAGUUAAUAUUCUAUGGAUUUAAAGAUUUGAGGCAACUGAACAAGUGGAUUUCACAUUUGACUAUUUCUUUGCUCAUCAAGUGUCAGAAGGAAAGAUUAUACUGAACAUUGACUGAGGUUUCUUUGUUUUUUUAAGUCAUUCACUUGUGGUAAGUUUAACUGGAUUUGUCUUUUAUCUUAGAACUGGGUAAGUUUUCUAAACUUGUGAUUCAUCGACAUAUCCCGGUAUUUGGAUGUGUUAAUGUCAAAAGUGAAUGAUGAUGCGUAGGGGAAUUAGUAAUGGAAAGUUAUUCCCUCAAGUUUAAUAGUCACACAAUGUUUGAAUUGCUGAAAAUUGGCUGGCUGCUUUUGUUCCAACACAUAUAUGCUCUUCUUUUAUUCAUUAUGUAUUUAUGGAAUGAAUGACCCAAAGAAAAUGGAAGGGUUGCUUGACUACAUCAUUUCACGUUUUAGCUUCUUACAGAUUUGAUACUUUUCUUCGAGUCUAUUGUAUAGUCACUUGUGUGUGAUAAAAUGUUUUAGUUUGGAAUAACCUAACCACCUAACCAAAAAUAAUGGGUGUUUCUUUUGUUGGUGUUUUUGGACCAGGUUAGCUAACUGAGGAGGAGAUCACAUGAUAUAAGGGGAAAGUAAAGAAGAGUAACUCACAACAUGUCACACUGUAAGAAGAUGAAAAUCUUCAAGUAUUAUCAUCAUUAACAAUGGAUUCCUUACAAAAGUACAGAGUUCAUAUAAGAAGUUGCAGAUCCAGUCACAUGAGAAGCUAAAGAAAUGUUGCAUUCUUUUUUGUAAUUCUAUUAUUUAUUCAUCUCCCAAACUUUAUUUUUUUAAUAGAGUUGUAUUGUCUGCACAUAAUCUUUGUAAAUGGGAAAGGCAACAUAAGUUUAGUGGGGUAUACUGAUGUUUGCAGGUGUA